GUGAAGAUGCUCUUGAAGCGGCUCGAUGUGGAGUUUCUGCCGUGUUCGUCUCGAAUCACGGAGGUCGACAAAUUCAACGAGUCAUUCCAACAAUAAAUGUCCUGGAAGAAGUGGUUGAAGCUGUUAAAGAUAAGGGAGUGGAAGUUUAUUUUGACGGUGGCGUUCGAAGUGGAAGCGAUAUAUUCAUUGCCAUAGCUCUUGGUGCGAAUGCAGUGUUUGUGGGAAGACCCACUAUCUGGGGACUAUCUGUUCAAGGUGAAGAAGGUGUGAGAAGAGUCCUUCAAAUACUUAAAAGAGAACUCUUGGAGACGAUGAAACUUGCCGGUGUGUCUCGUGUGCAAGACAUAAAAAAGAGUAUGGUUAGGAAAAUUUCAGGAAAAUAAAAGUAGAAGACACCUAUGCAUAUAUUAUAAGUGAUAUUUUUAUUCAAUAGUACUGAUGUUGCCUGAAGUCUGUUUUUGUACGCGUAAAGUUCUUUUUAUCUAUUAAAAAAAAGGAAAAGUUUUAAUAA